AUUGCUAGGGUACAGCAUUGAAAUAGUCAAAGCCAUCGGCAUAUGAUGAAUGUAAACGGUACAUUUUAUAAUGACGUCAUAUACUCAUCGGACGACAAUUAUUUAUUGGAUACAGAUAUGCUGAUAUUGUGUUGUGACGUAGUGAUAAUUCUAGCUGCUGUAUUGGGAAUUAUUGGGAACACACUUCUAUGUGUUUGUAUCCUUAAAACUCGUUCACUUCGGACAUUCAUCAACGCUACCUUAAUGAGCGCCUUGAUAGGUAAUUUAAUCGCGUGUGUAACUCUACUUCCGCUGCGCGUGUAUCUCUUUACCGCCUCUAGAUCAGCAGAAAACUGGGCCACACUGUGCAGUGCUGCAGUAUUUUUCCGGACUUUUUGCGAACUUUUGCAGCUCUUUAUGCUCGUUAUUGUCAGUUAUGAAAGAUUCCAGUGUGUCUCUAGUCCAUUCAAAAAAGAUGGACGUGCUCGGAGAACAGCACUACUGAUUGGUUUGUCGUGGACUGUGGCCAGCGGAUUAAGCUUGUUAUCAGCAUUUAUCUUUGUGGAUUCCCCACUCUACGACAAGUGUCUGACAAACACGACAUCAAACCAUUUCUCCUGGGGAACACAUGAUUUAUAUUUGAUUUUUCCUUUUGGUAUUGGAACUUUAUUAAUUAUCAUUGUAUUUUAUGGCCUUAUUAUGUUUACGCUUUUCAAACAUAGAAAAAGAAUGACAGGCCAUAUAGUUCAUAGGAAAAACAAAGUAGUUCCACAGAUGAUGAAUGAAGAUUUCAAGGGGGUGGAUAAAUCAUGCAGCAACACUGAUUUGUCAGUUAUUUUGCCCAGAACGCCGCUACACUUUAGUGUUUCCGGAGUGGAAAAGUCCAGCAAAUAUUGUGAAACAAAUUUCGACUUCAAAAACAAAAUCGAUGACACACAAAAAGAUCAGAAAGUUCAACAGGAGAACAUGGAUCAAACGUGUGUUACGGUGGACCGUCGUGAUAUUAAAAUCUCAUCUAUUCUAAAACAUGAGAAAACUGCAGAUAACAAUGCUGUUAACAACUCUGUAAAACUAAAUAUUGUUCAAAUACCUCAAACAAGAUCAAAUACUAUGGAAGAAAACUCCGAGGAAAAUAAAUCAGAAAAGGGAAAAAAUGAAGAAUGUUUGGAAGAAACAGUGGUUGCUGAAAAAGGAGAUGAAAAUGAACACCUGAAAACUCGAUCUCCCGAUAAGGUUUAUCAGACGUUAAAGAUUUUUCUCACAAACGCGACGCCGUCCUGUUCCAACAAAACUACAACGUACCAUCAACAAAACGCAAGCGACGGUGUGAACACCGAUAGUCUUAUACAAAUCUUUGACAUCACUGGAGAGGUCAACCGAGUGUCAAAGAAAGAAACUAAUUACUCAGGCUCAGUUUGUGUUAUGAACUCUAAAAGCAAAGAACUCGGAAAACGAAAAGUAGAAGCGAGAGCGGCAAAACGUAUCGCCAUUAUGAUUGUUUUGUUUAUCUGUCUCUGGAUGCCACUUCCGCUUACAGUAUUAGGAACCCGAAAUGGGAAUCCGUCAAUAGCGCAAGCGCAGCUAUUGGUUGUGACGGCGACUUUAGGAAUGUGUUCGGUUGUGGUAAACCCAUUACUACACAGCAUCCUAAAUAGACAGCUUCACGCAUCAUUAAGGAACAUGAUGAAGCGGAGGAAAUGCGGAAGCUGUUUACGUCACAAUAACAGUUAGACCGUGAAUGCAGCUAUUGAUGUGCCAUAAAAAAAUGAAUACCUCAUUAUGAAUCGUCAAGACAUGAUGUUGCCUUUCCGGUAUAUGUUAAAUGAGUAUUAAUUGAAGUUGAAAGUUUGCAAGCUGUAAUUAACUUCUAAGAAAAAAAUAUAGAGACGCCCCUAUAUCCAUGAGUUUCUGUAGUAUUUAUUUUCUUUGAUCUUUUAUUUCAUCUUACCUUGACAAGUUAAUUUUAUUGAUGCUUUGAAAGAACACAUUAUGGACAAAUGGUCUUCCGUUCAAAUAGCGUUUAGAAGGUAAUUAAGGAUUUAAUUCGUCUUUCCCAUAUCA